AUGGCACAAAUAGAACAGUACAGCAUAUCUUCCCAGAGAAGAUCUUGGCCACUGUGGAUGACAAUCCUUAUUUUCCUUGGAGUGAUGACAAUCUUGGCAGAUUUUGGUCUCCUUGUCCAUUUUCUGGCAGUUGGAAAGACUUACUAUUACCAAGGUGAUUUUCAUAUUUCUGGAGUCACAUACAAUGAUAAUUGUGAAAAAGCAGUUUCACAAGUCAGCACAGAUCUGAGUAAAUAUAUUGAGACUAAGAUGUCUGAUGCAUUUCAAAAUUCUGGUGUAUACAAAGAAUAUAUCAACUCUUAAGUCAUCAAACUUCUACUGACAGUUGAUCCUAGUGUCCUUGAAAGCUCUGAUGGCUGCCAGCUGCCAGUUACAGCUCUUUUGCCUCAGAAUACAGUCCCUGUCACCAAUGGGCCACUCAUGAGAAAAAUCAGCAAGGCUAAUGUUGAAAUGCUUACCAAUAACUGUUGUAGGGGACGACUGACCAAUAGUAUCACAGCAGGCAACCAAAUUGUGAAUGGGGAAAAUGCCCUGAUGGGGGCCUGGCCAUGGCAGGCAAGCAUGCAGUGUUAAGGCCAACACCACUGUGGUGCUUCUCUGAUCAGCAGUAGGUGGCUCUUAUCUGCAGCUCACUGCUUUGCUAAGAAAAAUAAUUCAGAAGAUUGGACUGUCAACUUUGGAACUGUAGUAAAUAAACCAUACAUGACACAGAAAGUCCAAAACAUUCUUUUUCAUGAAAAUUAUAGCAGAGCUGGGGUUCAUGAUGAUAUUGCCCUUGUGCAGCUUGCUGAAGAAGUCUCUUUUACGAAGUACAUUCAUAGGAUUUGUUUUCCUGAAGCCAAAAUGAAGCUCUCAGAAAAUGACAGUGUUGUAGUUAUAGAAUGGGGAACACUUUAUAUAAAUGGUCCUCUUCCAGUGAUACUUCAUCAGGCUUUUUUGAAGAUUAUUGAUAACAAAGUUUGCAAUGCUCUACAUGCAUUGUCUGGCUUGGCUGCUGAUACAAUGCUGUGUGCUGGAUUUAUGUCAGGAGAAGCUGAUGCCUGUCAGAAUGAUUCUGGUGAACCACUAGCUUACCCCAACUCUAGGAAUAUCUGGCACCUUGUUGGAAUAGUAAGCUGGGGUGAAAGAUGUGGUAAAAAGAAUAAACCAGGUGUCUAUACUCGAGUGACUGCUUAUCGUGGAUGGACUACCUCCAAGACUGCACUCUGA